GAGCUAAAAGCCAUCUGCUGAGCGUAAAUUUGAUAUGUUGCGCACUUGUAAAACUGUGUUAACUUGUUAAUAAUAAUUUUUUAAAUAAUAAUUUGAGUAUGGCAUUACAGUUUAGAAUAAUAUAUUUCUUCACCACGAGAAAAGGAAAAUAUAAUCAUAAUUCAUAAGUAUAACAGGAUGAUUAGUGAUUACAUUAAAAUAAUUAAUUUGGUCACCAAGAGGCACGAAGUACAAUAAUAACAUGCUGAUUUAAGAAAAUAUAAAAUACAAAUAAAUUAAUAGGUACACUAACCGGUCACAAGUUUGAUCGUCAAUUAUUCAAAAUUAAAUCAUAAUUAUAAAUAUAAUAAAAAAAAAUAUAAACACAUAAAUAAUUUUUGGGAGUAUUAAUAUAGAUACAUAAUAAUAUUAUAAUUCACAUAAUAUAAAAUUAUAAAAUAGGUAUAUUAAAACCUGUCACUUUAGCCUGUAAUCAGUUGAUCAAUAAAUAUCAGGCAAAUUUGAAUACAAGCGCAAUUGGUAUAUUGACCGUAAAAUAUAAAUAGCGCAAUUGGUACACUGAUCCUAAAAUAAAAAUUUAGUUUUAGAAGCAAUUGGUCCAUGCCCACGGAGACAACAUAAUAUGCGGGUAAUGCGUCCUCUUAAUAACCUCUUAAUAAAAUUAGCAGAGUGACAUAAUAUUAACGUCCUUACCUCGAACACUUCAGGUAAUCGUUGCGUAAAAAGUAAUUUCGUACAGUUUAUUUUGUUUCGGGAUACGUUUUUUUUAUAACUAUUGGUUGUGUACGGUGUAUGUUUAGUGGUUACUGAGUUAUAGCGAGGAGCUCCGAUUGGGCAACAGCAGCUGUUGAUAAAAAAAUUUGAUAACUGCUAUUACUCAGUGUUUUUAUGAACAAUUGAUCAACAAUUCCUCUAAUAAUGUUCGACAUUAUUUACCGCAGACAAACUACGUUUUGUUAUCUAUCACAGUACUAUAAUAAAUGAUAAAUUUAUAAAUUAUACACUUGAAUUAAUUUAUUAAUUAAAUCACUUAGUUAAGAUCUUUUAAAAUGGAAAACGAAAAUAUCGGCCAACAUUCAUCUUCCUGCAGUCAAGAAUCAUCUGAACAAAAACACUGUUGGGUUUGUUUUGGUACCGAUGAAGAUGAAUAUGAAACUAACAGAGAUUGGGUGUCACCGUGUAAAUGUCGCGGUUCUACACGAUGGGUUCAUCAGAGUUGUGUUCAACGUUGGGUUGAUGAAAAACUGAAAGAAAAUCUUAGUAUUAAAGCACAUUGUCCUCAGUGCCAUACACAAUAUAUUAUUGUGUAUGAUGAAGUCAAUUGCUUAGUUCGCAUAUUAAACAAACUUGAUAAAACAGCUAAUCAGUUAUGUCCUUUUUUGGCUGCUGGUGUUGUGGUCAGCACUCUUUAUUGGUCUGCAGCUUCUUAUGGAGCAAUAACCAUGAUGCAGGUAAUGGGUGAAAGAGAAGCUAUAACAAUGAUGGAGAAUACAGAUUCAUAUAUGUUGCUCUUGGUGUUGCCAUCAAUACCUCUCAGUCUAAUUUUAUGCAAAACUAUCAAUUGGGAAGAAACUUUACUAUUAUUUGUGCAACGAUAUACUUCACACAUACCCUUGUUAAGAACCAUCAUGCCUUCAUUUUUGUGUGAACCUAUCAAUAGUUCAGCUAAUACAGUCCAAUUCAAUUCAGUCGUUAAUCCAACAACUACUCUUUGUGCUGCACUUCUAUUGCCAACUACUGCCACUGUAGUUGGAAAUUUAUUAUUUAACAAUAGUUCAUAUUCAUACUUACAAAAAACAAUAUUGGGAGGACUAGUAUACAUUACAGUAAAAGGUGUAUUCAGAAUAUAUCAAAGGCAACACAAUGUUAUUAAAGAAAAAACACGUAAAGUCAUUGACUAUCCUGAAACUGAUUCUGAAGAAAGUAAUUAAAAUCUGUAUCAUAAUUCAAUACUUGUAAACAUCACCUGAAAAAUUAUAUCUUAAUAAAAUUAUAAUAUUAAUAUCUUAA